AAAAAAAAAAAGGUUUGUGAACUUUAUUGUGUAUCCUUCUUAUCCUCCCAUCGCGCCUGUUUCUGGAACCACCGAUUACUCAUGUUCCACUGUUUUCUUCAGUUAUCCAAACUAUAGGGUUAACGACUACGGUAAGCAUCAUCAUUUGACAAAAUAUGAUUUUGAAAAUUAACGGCUGAAAAUCAACCUUCAAACAAUCACUCCCAAAACCAUCUAUGAUCAAUCAACCAAUCCCCUCAUCAAACUCGUAUUCUGCUGCUAUUCGAUAUCACAUCUCUAAUGGCACACCCAAAGAAGCACUUCUACUUUACACCCAAAUUCGCCGUAACCCGCUAUGCAUGCUCACCAUUGCCCCAUUGAUCCUUAAAGCCUGUGCUUCUCUUUCAAUGAUUCAUUACGGAAAGGCUGUGCAUUGUGAAUCAAUCAAAGCUGGGGUAGCUUCUGAUGUAGUGGUGGGAACAUCAACAGUGAGCAUGUAUGGUAAAUGCUGUGAUGUGAUUAAUGCCCGCAAGAUGUUCGAUGAAAUGCCUGUGAAGAAUGUUGUCACGUGGAAUGCGGUUAUAAGUUCGUAUAUGAGGGACGGAGCGACAGAGACCGCGUUAUGCUUGUUUGAAAAGAUGUCUGAUCGGACAGCGGUUUCGUGGAUUGAAAUGAUUGCAGGGUAUGCUAAAGUACUGGAUACUGAGAUGGCUAGGUGUCUUUUUGACCAGGUUCCUUUGUCUUUGAAAAAUGUGGUUACUUGGAGUGUUAUGGUUGACGGGUACGCGAGUAACGGGCAGAUGAAGGCUGCGAAGGAUAUGUUUGAGGUUAUGCCCGGGCGGAGCUUUUAUGUUUGGUCAUCGAUGGUUUCGGGGUAUUUUAAGAAAGGGGAUGUGGAAGAAGGCAAAGCCAUUUUUGAUAGGAUUAAGGUUCGGAAUUUGGUGCAUUGGAACUCUUUGAUUUCGGGUUAUUGUCAAAAUGGUCUUUGUAAGGAAGCUCUAGAUGCAUUUGCGAAAAUGCAAUCAGAUGGGUUUGAACCGGAUGAGGUCUCGUUUGCGAGUGCUUUAUCUGCUUGUGCUCAAUUGGGUUUGUUAGAAACAGGUAAAGUACUUCAUAGCAUGAUUAUUCAGAAAAGAAUCAAGGUUAAUCAGUUCAUUCUGAAUGGUUUAGUUGACAUGUAUGCAAAAUGUGGCGAUUUGACCAGUGCACGAUUAAUAUUCGACAAUGGGUCAGAAAUCGAAAGGAAUGAUUCAUGUUGGAAUGCUAUGAUCUCAGGCUUUUCCAUCCAUGGCUAUUGUCGGGAAGCUUUGGAGUUUUUUAAUAAAAUGGAGAAGUCUAGUGUGAAUCCGAAUGAAAUCACUUUUCUCUCGGUUUUAUCUGCUUGUGCACAUGCAGGGUUUGUUGAAGAUGGAUUAACAACUUUUAAAAAGCUAGCGAAAUAUGGUUUAUCGGCUAAUGUCAAGCAUUACGGUUGUUUAAUUGACCUUUUAGGAAGGGCAGGGAGAUUAGUAGAAGCGUAUCGAAUAGUAACAAAGAUGCCGAUGAGACCAAAUGACACGAUAUGGGGGGCUCUCCUUGGAGCAUGCAGAGUUCACUCUGACUUGAUCAUGGCUAACCGCGUGCUUGAAAGAAUUAAAUUGCAAGAUUCUUGUGAUAGUUCUUGUUAUGUGCUUAUGUCAAAUAUAUAUGCUGCUUCUGAAAGAUGGGAAAAGGCUGAAAGUUUAAGGAUUGCAAUGUCCAGUAAUAGGGUUGUGAAGACAAUUGGGCAUAGUUCAGUCACCCUCAACACCACCUGAAGUUUAGCCGGUUGGAUCCAGGUCUCCUUUUGAUGCUGCUUUUGUUCGAGGUGGAAAGUCAACAUAUUGGGUAAUGGGUCAAAACGGGUUCGGGUUAAAAUGAUAUAGGUUGAAUGUGGUGGUCAAGAUGGAUAACGGGCCAAAACGGUUCAUGUUAAAACUAUUCUUUGUAAUAUAGGCUGAAUGAAUUGGGUCAAGAUUGGUAGGUUGGAUAAGACUAGAAGGUAUGGGGGCCGGCUGAGGCCCGGCUAGGACCGGCGCCGGUCCCCCACACCGCCCCCCUGGGGCUCGGCUCGGCACAACCGGCCACCCACAGCCGGGGUAGCCGGACCUCCUUUCUCCUCUUGCCUCUCACAUAUACCUAUACAUACAUACAUAUAUAUACAUAAAGGGGUUCAUCCCCCACCCCCCUAGGUCCAUCCCCUCCAAGCCACUCCUACGUGGCACCUACGUGGCGGCUCAUCCCCUCCAAGCCCAUCCUCUCUAUACCCUUUAGUCUAAUAAGGUUAAAGUGGAGUUCGAGUAAAAAUUAUCAUUUUUAGUAUAGGUUGAAUGGGUUGUGUCAAGAUGUGCAGGUUGAAUGAUGGCCCAAAACGGGUUCAGAUUGACACUACCAUUUUUGGUAAAGGUUGAAUGGGUUGGGUCAAGUUUGAUUGAUCUGCAGAGUCCUUUUUAUGUUUUUCUAAAUUUUAUAUGGAUUGUUUAUCA